AGAUGGACCGAGCAUCUCGGCAGUACAUAUAUAAGUCGCAUUGCAAGUUGUUUGGUAUCCUGUACUUUCCUCCAGUCAUAAAGCCAUCUACAUCAUAGAGAACGUUCCCGUAACCCUCUCUUACUAGUAAUAUCGAUCUGCGCGCCUAGUGGAAAUGGAUGACAGUACUCCCAAGUGUAAUAUUUCUCAUGAACAUCGCGACAUGGAAAAGCAGCAUUUCUUAGACUUGGAAAAGGUCGAGGGGCCGAUAUCAGAAUCGGAAGAGGAAGAAAUAUUAAGUCCCGACGAAGUUGCUCUUGAGAUGCUUAUCGUCUCCCUUAACUGGACACUGUUCUCGGCUUUGAUAUCGGGGUCAGUUUGGUUCAACGCGCCGCGACUAGAUUCCCCUGUUAACAUCGAGGUCCCUACGCACGAAUCUCAACCGUCUUCGCUGCGUUAUACGCUCUCACACGGAGUCUUCUUUGUCGGAAGCUCUCUGAGUCUCUGCGUCGUACUCCUCAUCGUUUUGAGCAAGAUCCUCAUGCGCCAGCGCACGCUCACUCUGAAAUUCCCGCCUUUUGGCCCUCGUCACCUCCCCAAGCAUAGGGUUCAACAUCUACGCGCGAUACUGGCAUCCAUGCCUCCAUGGCUCAUGAAGCUUUUGAAGUCACUGCAGCUUAUCUUUCCAUUCAUUCAGUUUAUGAUUACUAUGGCAAUACUCUCGCUCGUCUGGUUCUUUUAGUAUCCCGCUCUACCAAGGGUCCUUGCCAAUUGUUCUUCCACUCUCUUGAUACGAGAAUGAUACCUCAUAUCGCCUAGUUUAUGUUUACCAACGUUAUCCUUCACGAGGCUGGCAGUCCUUACCGCGCUGCCGCAUGAACACGCCAUCCCCGACUUUGCCUUUCCAUUUUUACCAUAUCAGUACAUUCAUCUCAUGUUCAUGCCAAGUCAUGCACGCUGUCAGCGUUUGGUGUGUCAAUGCCCUGUCGCAUGGAGGGCAGAUAAAGAGUGAUCGCUCCAGAUUUAUCUAAGACAAUACUACUUUUGUUCAAUGAGACCAUCAAGUAUUUCGUUACCAUACGAGAAACAAGAAGACAUUUCCC